CGCGUGCUCGAUUCCCAUCUCCCCCCUCCCUGCGCAUAGCCGCACACCACCAACACCAUUCACCAGACGCCGCCGCCGCCGCCGCCGCCGCCGCCCCUCAUCCCUCUCCCUUCCCGCGCGCGGCCGCCGCAUCCGUCCGGGCCUCCUCGUCUCCCCAGCCCCGCUGCCGCCGGUGAGCUACGCCUCCUCCUCGCUUUCUCCUCCCUUUCCUUCCUUCCUGUGCUGUUUGGCGCCUCCUCCUCUCUGUAUCGCUGGAUUCGGCGCUGAAAAUUCGAUGGAGGGAAAGCCUUGGCUCUCGGGAUGCCCGCGGAUGCUACUUGUGCGUGCAUGCGUUGCAACUCUGGCACCGAUUCCGUUCCUUCCUUGCGGCGGCGGCGGAAAAACAGAAGCUUCUCCAUCCUUCCCUUCGUUCGUGCUCUUCUUCUUGUUAUUCCGUUUAUCGGUCUGGCGCAGAAAGAAACAAGAGAUGAGAUCUAGUCUGCUACCGGAGUCCCCGGUUCAUCAGCAGAAGCUGCUUGCUCCGCCGCCGCCGCCCUCUUCCUCCUCUACUGAUUUUGCUUCGGGGUUCGGCUAAAUUUCGUCGGAUGGAUAUCGAUGCCAGCGCCAGCGUCAUGUGCCAGCUGCUGAGCCCCGAGGGAGACCCUCUAGGCUCUGCGCUCAUGAGGAAGACAGAAGAAGCAAAGCGAAGCAAGGCGACCUCCUCCUCCCCUGCUGCACAGAGUGGGCCGGGGCCACGGUUGCAGGCACGAGAAGGAAGCAGUGUCCGUCAGUAGCAGCGGUGGAGGUGCUCCGCGGUCCUAGUUCAGUAGUUCUCCCCCUCCGGCGGUGGCAGCGGUCGGAUGUGCGUCGCGGCGGCGGAAAGCAGCCCCCCCCCUGGAGCUCGGAGCCGUCCUUCUGAAGCUCGGCGGCGGCGAGAUCUGAGUUCGGUCGCGCGGAGAGGAGGUUUCGCUGUGCCGGCGUGGUGCUCCCGGAGCCGCGCGCGGAGGCGGCGCCUUUGCGCAUUGCCGUUCCGUCCGUCCCGUCCCUGCAAGCUCUAAGACUUCCGAAGAAUUGAAACUGGGGUUCUUGGGGGCGCGACAUGUGGUUGCGUUCUGACGCUGCGUGAGCGCGACAUGCGGGGAGGGCGAGCCCCACAAGGUUGCAGCCUAUUCCACCACCGACGCUGAAGGCCAUACGCCCCCAAUCGAAUCGAUCACAUCUAUGCCGUCGAUCACCAGAGGUGGGCGUGGGGGGCUCUUCUCCACGCACCGGGGCGCGCUCUUGUGGCUCCGCCGUUGCCAAAGCCCACUCUUGUCGACACUAGCCGGCGGCGGAGGCCGGAGCGACGCGCCACAUCUGCCCGUACUCAUCGUCGGAGCUGGCCCUGUUGGGCUCGUCCUCUCAUUCCUCCUCACCAAAUUCGGGAUCAAAUGUGCGGUGAUAGAGAAGAAUGUGGAGUUCACUAGGCACCCACGAGCGCACUUCAUCAACAACCGCACAAUGGAGAUCUUCCGCAAGUUGGAUGGCUUGGCCAGGGACAUUGAGAGGUCCCAGCCACCAGUAGAUUUGUGGAGGAAGUUCGUAUACUGUACUUCACUCUCCGGUUCUGUCCUUGGAUCGGUUGAUCACAUGAAACAGGAAGAUUUUGACAAGGUCAUUAGUCCUGUAUCCGUUGCACAUUUCUCACAGUACAAGUUAGUUGAUUUGCUACUCAAGAAGCUUGAAGGUAUUGGUUUCCAGACAUGCUUUCCCAGUGAGAUUGGUAACUCAACACAAGAUUUGGUACUGGAAAGCAAGAUAUUGAUGGGACACAAGUGCACAUCCCUUGAUCAGACUGAUGAGGGCAUUCUGGUUGGAGCAUCAGUUAACAAUGGAGGGAUGAUAAUAGAGAGAAAGCUACACUGUGGUCUUCUUAUAGGGACAGAUGGCGCAAGAAGUACAGUGCGUGAAUUGGCAGGUAUAUCUAUGGAAGGUGAAAGGGAUUUGCAGAAACUGGUCAGUGUGCAUUUUCUUAGCAGAGAUCUAGGCAGGUAUUUGUCCAGUCAGAGGCCAGGGAUGCUGUUCUUCAUUUUUAAUCCAGGUGCAAUUGGUGUACUAGUUGCACAUGACCUAGAGAAUGGGGAAUUUGUAUUGCAGGUUCCAUUUUAUCCUCCUCAGCAGAUGUUUGAAGAUUUUAGUGCUAAGGUAUGCGAGCAAAUUAUUUUCAAAUUAGUCGGAUGGGAGCCAGCAGAUGUUCAUGUUUUAGACAUAAAACCAUGGGCAAUGCAUGCUGAAGUUGCAGAGAAGUACAUCUGCUGCAAUAAUCGAGUAAUCCUCUCUGGUGAUGCCGCACACCGGUUUCCUCCUGCUGGUGGUUUUGGAAUGAACACCGGUGUCCAGGAUGUACAUAAUUUGGCUUGGAAAUUGGGCUUACUGCUGAAUGGUGUCGCCUCACCAUCAAUAUUACAAACUUAUGAGUCAGAGCGCCGGCCUGUUAGAAUCUUCUCACACGCUUUCUGUUCAUCCAAUGUUGCAAUUUUCAAUACCGAACUUAGCGUGGAGAAUUUCAAGGCAGCUAUGUCUAUUCCUACAACCCUUGGCCUUGAUCCAACUGUUGCAAACUCAGUGCAUCAAGUUAUAAAUAGAAGCCUCGGAUCAAUCAUUCCAAGAAAUGUGCAGAAGGCAGUUCUAGAAGGAUUGUUUUCUCUUGGUAGGGCACAAGUCUCAGACUAUAUCCUGAAUGAGAAAAAUCCCAUUGGGUCGUUGAGACUAGCAAGAUUGAGAAGUAUUCUCGAUGAAGGCAAAAGUCUUCAGCUGCAGUUCCCUGCAGAGGAUCUUGGCUUCCACUAUGCAGAAGGUGCUCUAGUUGUUGAAGCUAGUUGUGAGAAGACUCAUGAAGGAGAAAAACUACAGCAUUCUAAGAGGGCAUCAAGAGAGUACAUCCCAUCUGCUAAGGUUGGUUCGCGGCUUCCCCACAUGCUAGUAAGAGAAGUGCCUGCUUCGAGUGAGGGCGCGUUCUCAACACUGGACCUAGUGAGUGGGGAUAAACUCGAGUUUGUUCUCAUCAUUGCACCAGUGAAAGAGUCAUAUGAGAUUGCCCGUGCCACCCUCAAGAUAGCAGAUGAGCUUACGCUAUCAGCCAGAGUAUGUGUAAUGUGGCCACGAGGUUCGACUGAUGCUGAAGUGGAAGAGAGCAGAUCCGAGUUGACACCCUGGACAAACUACAUCGAUGUCGAGGAAGUGCCUAGGGUGUCGGGUGGUUCAUGGUGGGAGAUGUGUCGUAUUAGUAGGAAGAGUGUCCUUUUGGUUAGGCCUGAUGAGCACAUAGCAUGGCUAACAGAACUGGACAGGGUGAGGGAUGCUGAGUCAGAAAUUAGGAGGGUCUUCUCUCAUGUUCUGUGCCUAAAUAGCCACCGGGUGUAAGAAUUUAUAAAUUUCCUUCCAUUUAGGCUUUGUUUAGAUACUUUGGUAUUCACUUUAAUCCACAUGUAUGGAAGCGGAUUAGGUUAUAAAUUAAAUUAAUUUA